AUGAAGGAGGCCCGGGGCUACCGGAGCGCUCCUUUCUGCACCCGCCUCAACCACUCCUACGCGGGCAUGUGGGCGCCGGAGCGCUCCUCCCAGGCGCCGGGCAACCGCACGCGUCCCCCGGAGACCGGUGAGGCUUGUCGCUCUGUGUCCGUAGUCGUCCCGACCACUAUGCUGAUCACCGGCUUCGUGGGUAACGCGCUGGCCAUACUGCUGGUGUCGGGGAGCUACCGGCGCCGCGAGAGCAAGCGCAAGAAGCUUCUGCUGUGCAUCGGCUGGCUGGCACUCACCGACCUGGUGGGGCAGCUGCUCGCCCGCCCUGUGGUCGUUGUCGUGUACGUGUCCAAGCAGCGCUGGGAGCACCUCGACCCGUCGGGAAGGCUGUGCACUUUCUUUGGUCUGACCAUGACUGUCUUUGGGCUCUCCUGGCUCUUCAUCACCAGCGCCAUGGCCGUCGAGCGGGCGCUGGCCAUCCGAGCGCCUCACUGGUACGCGAGCCACAUGAAGACGCGCGCCACCCGCUCGGUGCUGUUCGGCGUGUGGCUGGCGGUGCUCGCUUUCGCCCUGUUGCUGGUGCUGGGCGUGUGCCCGUGCAGCAUCCAGUGGCCCGGGACGUGGUGCUUCAUUAGCACCGGGGGAGGAGGCAAUGGGACGAGCUCUUCGCGCAACUGGGGCAACCCUUUCUUUGCCUCCACUUUUGCCUUCCUGGGACUCUCAGUGCUGACCAUCACCUUCGCCUGCAACCUGGCCACCAUUAAGGCCCUGGUAUCCCGCUGCCGGGCCAAAGUCACGGCAUGGCAGUCCAGUGCCCAGUGGGGCCGGAUCACGACUGAGACCGCCAUCCAAUUUUUGGGGAUCAUGAGUGUGCUGUCGGUGUGCUGGUCACCAUUGUUGAUAAUGAUGUUGAAAAUGGUCUUCAAUCAGACAUCAGUUGAGCACUGUAAGACGCACCCAGAAAAGCAGAAAGAAUACAACUUGUUCUUAAUUGCUGUCGGCUUGGCUUCAGUGAACCAGAUCUUGGAUCCCUGGGUUUAUCUGCUGCGAAGAAAGAUCCUUCUUUAA